GCGCCGGCGCCGGCGCGGUAACAAAGCUGCUACUUGAGCGAAGCUCUCCUUCCCAGACCUCUCGCCGCGAUGGCUGUUCGUAGCAGUUUCUCUCGGCUCCUCCAGCAAGCGGGCUCCCCUCUGCGGGUCCCUCGGAAGCUCUCCCAUUCGGUGGCCAUCAUUGGGGCCCCCUUCUCCCGGGGCCAGAAAAAAAGAGGAGUGGAUCACGGUCCUGAAGCGGUGCGGAAUGCGGGACUGGUUGGAAAGCUCUCCAGCAUGGGUUGUCAGGUAUAUGAUUUUGGAGACUUAAAUUUCACCCCGGUGCCCAAUGAUGAACUGUACAAUAACCUGGUCAAGUACCCACGCUCUGUAGGAUUAGCUAGCCAACUUCUGGCUGACGCUGUGAAUGGAGCUGUGACAGCUGGGCAUAGCUGCAUAACCAUUGGAGGUGAUCAUAGUUUAGCACUUGGUUCCAUCAGUGGACACGCAAGGCAGUAUCCACAUCUCUGUGUGAUCUGGGUUGAUGCCCAUGCUGAUAUUAACACUCCACUCACAAGCCAAUCAAGAAAUCUCCAUGGACAGCCGGUUUCAUUUCUUUUAAGAGAACUUCAGGAUAAGGUGCCAGUGCUUCCUGGAUUUUCCUGGCUGAAGCCCUGUCUUUCACAAUCAGACAUUGUAUAUAUUGGCCUGAGAGAUGUUGAUCCUGCUGAACAUUAUAUUCUGAAGAAUUAUGGCAUUCAGUAUUUUUCGAUGAGACAUAUUGAUGAGCUUGGAAUCCAGAAAGUGAUGGAAAAAACGUUCGACCAUCUUUUGGGAAGAGGGCCAAGACCAAUCCAUCUGAGUUUCGACAUUGAUGCCUUUGACCCAUCACUGGCUCCAGCAACAGGGACAACGGUCUUAGGUGGAUUAACAUAUCGUGAAGGCAUGUUCAUUUCUGAGGAAAUACACAACACAGCUAUCUGGCAAUCACUUCCUGUAUGUGCCGCAUAUGAAAGGAGGAACUUGCAAAAAAGCCUGCUCCUUCUCUCUCUGUAGCAAAAGCUAAAUUACCAGAUCUGCGAAAAUCCAGAUGACGCCUAGAUGGAAACAAAGAGGUACAUUCUUGCUGCUUUCUGCUCAUUGUCCAGUGGUUUGCAGCCUAGACAUGGUAGCCACAGCAAAGCUUGGAUUUGUUUAGCAUCCAACUCACUAAUGCUCCUUCACUGUUGGACUUCAUAUUUAAUGCACCAAUGUCUAAAGGUGCACCAGCCAUACAAAUUAUAACUCACUCACUCACUCACUCACUCACUCACUCACUCACUCCUAACUACAUAGACCUACAAAUUGCUGAGCUUGACCCCUGAACAUUGCCAUCUUUCCCACAUCUAUAUAUAUAAAAAAGCCAUUCUUUCAUAGGGACAUCGAAGGUAGGCCAAGCCUCUACUGAAUGAAUGAGCUUCACAAAAAUCCCAAACAUACGAAACAUUCUGAUUCAGGGCACAUUUUAAAGCAUCAUUUC